AUGUCUGUCAAGACUUUGUCACCGAAUCAACAAGUUGUAGCUUUUCCGAUGAAAGUAGUGCCACAGACUUACAUCCUAAGAUUAAGAGGAAAACCAGUCAAUACACUGAUGUUGAGAAGUCAAAUAAUGUCUGUAAAGACUUUGUCACUGAAUCAACAAGUUGUAGCUUUUCCGAUGAAAGUAGUGCCACAGACUUACAUCCUAAGAUUAAAAGAAAAAUCAGUCAAUACACUGAUGUUGAGAAGUCAAAUAAUGUCUGUCAAGACUUUAUCACCGAAUCAACAAAUUGUAGCUUUUCUGAUGAUUGAUACGGGAAUUAACAGUAUGGUUAUACAAUCCAUAACAAAUUACUUUGCAAUAAAUAAAAAUAAGCAUGAAAAUUUAUGUUCUAUUAUGUUUGAUGAAAUUAGUUUGAAGGAAGAAUUGUUUUAUCAUGUUAGCAAAGAUAAAGUUAUCGGAGUUAUUGACAAUGGAGAAAAACGUACAAAUGCAUUAGCAAAUUCUGCACUUGUGUGUAUGGUGCGAGGUGCAAUAGUAAAAUUAUUAGUUUGUGAUCAAGGGCCUAGUAAUAGAAGUUUAGCUAAAAAACUUUGGAUUGAUGAAACUCAAAAUCCAAUUACUAUACGAAUGUUACCAAAAAUAACUUUGCAGCACAUAAAUGUUAACAAUUUUAAUGCUAUGCGAGUUAAAUAUGCUGCUCAAGUUUUUAGUGACACUAUGAGUGUAGCACUUCUUGUCGCAAAACAUUUUAAAGUUGUUGGGCCCGAAUCAGAAUAUACAGCAAAUUUUGUUAAAGAUAUGGACAAUUUAUUCGAUACUCUCAAUAGCUGUCGUCUUAAAGAAGACAAAAUCAAAUUAAGAUACGCUAUGAGGUGGGUUAUAAGUAUUACUAGCAUUUUAGCUUUGGCAAAAGACUUACGUGAUAAUUACGAUGUUGAAAAACUAUUGACAAGGCAUUUGAAUCAGGAUCCCCUUGAAAAUUUUUUUGCCAUUGUUCGACAACAACAUGGAAAUGUAAAAAAUCCGAAUCCAUAUCAGUUUCAAAAUGGAGUGCGACACACAUAUAUCACUACAAUUUCAAAACUGUCAGAGAAUAGUAAUUGUGAAGAUGACAACACAUUCACAUUGACGAAAAUAAUGAAAUUGUCUCAUAAAAAAAAGUUUAUCAAGCCAGUGAAUGAAGCACAUGUAGACAUUAGUAAUGUACAAAAUCAAAUUGAGGAACUAAAAGAUUUACCUGACAUACUAGAUGUUAUACAUUCGAAGAUUGAUAUUGAUAGAAAUGGAAUUUAUUAUGUUGCAGGAUACUUUUGUAACAAAUUUGCUACUGCGCAUCCACGGGAACGACUCACCUUGUAUAUUUCCACCAUGGUCGUACCUGUCUUAAAAUACAGGCGACGGCCUCAGGCGUUGCCGCAGAAGAUCGGCUCAGGUGGUUGCCUAAAGCGCACUAAUACAUCGUGA